AUGGCUGGAAAGGAAAUCGAAGACAUGCUAAACAGCAACACUCUGGAACUUAUUUACAGCAAUGAGGAUCCGGCCACAUAUUUGCACUACAAUGGAACAAUAAUAAUUCUGGACUUCCUCCUGGCUUCAACCGACAUCAACGAGCAUACACACCGCAAAAUGAUUGACGAUCCUGGUUUUGGUCACAAACCACUCAUUGCUAGUAUUACCAUCAGCAGCAAAAGCAUGACAUGGAAAGUGCCAACUAAGCUAUCAUGGAACUUCAAGAAGGCUGACUGGCAUAGAUUUCUAAACCUUUUAGAGAAUGAACUUUACACAAGUCCCCUCAACUUUAAUCAUCAUCCUGACAACCUUAGCAACGAUAUCAAACAUAUUNCAAACAUUUUAUUUGGCCCAUCACAGCAUAUACCCGCUUUUAAGGCACAAGGAUAG